AUGCAUUCCAAAAUUGUGUUCAUUUUUAUAUUCUUCGGUUGCUUAACACUUGUUUCAUCGCAGUUAUUCUGUUCAGAUUUGCUGAAGCGUAACCAUACGAAAUUUUAUCCGGUGCGUCAUUGUCAACGCUCGAAUAAAACUCGAAUUGCUGCCAAAAAUGUGGCCAAUCUCAACAAGUGUAUCCAAUUCGCUGAGAAUAACCAAGCGUUGGCAUUCAAUUUUGGACACGGUAAACGGCCACAAAAAAAGGGCGAUCAAGAUGGUGACCUGCUCAAUUUGUUCGAUGUUAAACGAGAGAAAGAGGAGAAUAAAACGAAAAUUGAAAAAAAUCUACAAGAAUUGGUGGAAAAUUCUGAUCCAUAUUUCAAUUGUGAGGUGUUAAGUUGUCCAGAGGUUGGAAAUAUGUCAACAAUGAUCAAUGAUACGCGAUUUGAUUAUUAUUCACUCUAUGGAAAUGCGCCACAGAAUGCAACAUGUUUUCCAUCAGUUGGACUAUUCAUGUACUAUUACGAUGACCGAAUGAAUUACACAGAGGCAACGAGUACAUGUGAAGGUCAUCGAGGUUAUUUGGCGCAGAUUCAGCAAGUGUUCGACAUAAAUAAAUCGCCAGUCAUAUCACAAAGUACAUUGAAUGAAAAUGUUGGUGCUCCUUUGAAAAUUCCUAUAAGACAUGCGUUUAUUGGUUUGAAAGAAGUUGGACGUAAAGGGAGUUUUGCCGAUUCACUUGGCAUUCCAUUGCAAUGCUAUCGUUAUCGAGCCUGGGCUCCAAAGUUUCCAAGUGAAGAAAAACGAUUGGGCUGUGUUGCAUUGACCGCGUCAAGGUCGUGGAAAAUGUUCGACUGUCGCAAGCAUGCACCAUUCAUAUGCGAGCUAAAACCAACCAAACCCCGUCGAAUCAAUCGUCGCAAAUUCAAUCGUCGAUGUUCGUUGAAAAGACCGAACAACUAA